UUGGGCGCGAGAGAUAGUCAUGUGGAAAAAUAACCAGCUUACAAGUUAGGUCACAGCCAAGUGGCAAGAAAAGCCAAACUAAACCAGCCAUUUAUUUAUUUAUUUAUUCAUUCAUUCUUUAUACCGCUCUUCCAGAAAGGCUGUGGCCCCACCGUGUGUGUGUGUAGUAGGACAACCAGUAAAGAGUGCUGCUGGAGAUCCACAGAGCGCUUCCCCCCUUCUUGAGUCAGGAGUCACCACAAGCAGGGUUUCAUUGGUAUCUGUUUCUCUCACUUGACAAGGGGCCAGCCUUUGAAUAACAAUGAUAGUGCAACGAGGUCAUUAUUUUUCUAUAUCCUAGAACACCCACAGGCACAAAUAAUAUUCCGAUAUGCGAGUGAGGUUGGUUGCACACACAGGGCCAUCAAAGGACCCUGGUGAAAAAACAUGGCAGCCUUCCACACAGCUGCCCUCCCUCACCACUAAUGGGAGGGCCCGGCGGGGCCUACAGAAGGCACUUGACCAAAGAGACCCCAUUAACUGGCACUGUCCAUCAUCACUAGAUACCCACCGUAUUGCCACCUUUUGUGUACAAAUGAAAUUAACAUAGGUGGCAUCAAAGGGAACAAGAGGGCAAGUGCUUUCCCCAGAGGAUACUGAGAGUAUAGCUGUGCCUGAAUCAAGCUUCUCAGGGACAGAGGCUAAAGAACUGAGAGAGACAGAGGUGACAAGAGAUGACGUUCAAAACUGUCUGGAAAAGAUAAAUAUUCACAAAUAUUCACCAAUCACCAGGGCCAGCUGGCAUCCACCCAAGAAUCCUUAAAGAACUCAAAUGUGAAUUGUUGACUUCCUUGCUAAAAUAUAUAACUGAUCCCUACAACCAGGCUCUGUUCCAUAGUACUAGAAAGUAGCCAAUGUAACACCGAUUUUCAAAAAGGGAUCCAGGUGGGAUCUGGGAAAUUACAGGUGAGUUAGCUUAACAUCCGUUCUACAUUAAUUGAUGGAAACCAUUCCCACGGAUAAAAUUGUUAAGUAUAUAGAAGAACAGACCCUGCUGAAGGAGAAUGAGCAUGGCUUCUGCAAAGAUAAAUCUUGCCUCACCAACCUUUUGGAGUUCUUUGAGAGUGUCAACAGUUAUGUGGAUAAAGGUGAUCCGGUUGACAUAGUAUACUUGGACUUUCAAAAAGCUAUCGACAAAGUUCCUCAACAAAGACUCCUGAGAAAACAUAGCAGUCAUUGGAUGAGGCCAGGGACACUUUCAUCUGUGGAUUGGUAACUGGUUGAAGGGCAGGAAAGAGAGGCCAUGGCCGCCUCCAACCUUGACAGCAUGGAGCUACUAGAUCUACUCUUUGACCGUCAGGAUGGCGUUCUCCGCAAUGUGGAGCUUGGACCCUCUGUGGCAACUUGGGUGGGAAUGGAAGACAGUCACUUGCUGAAUGCUCAAGAAAAUGAAGAUUUCCUCACCUCCAUCUUGGGGCCCCCAGACUCUCUCCUGGACUCCCCAAGUUGGUCACCAGCUGCCAGUGAUAGCGGCAUCUCUGAGGAUCCAAGUUCUGACCAGCUGGACAGUCCCCCACACUAUGUCCCAACAGGAAGCCCGGGGGCCUACUCUGAUGGCGGGCACAGCGAUCUGGCUUACAACCCCUACCAGGACUCCUGCCAAAGCAUGCCAGUCCUUAAAGCUCCUUCUGGUGAUGUGAGGGAGGCUGAGGUCUCCAUAGACUUGAAUAUGUGGGACAUUGGCUUUUACCCAGAGGAGACGCGAGAGCUAGCCCCUGCCCACCUGAAUUCACCCUCAUGCACCCUAACUGUGAAGGACCUUCUGCUGUCAAACAACUGUGAGAUGCAUCAACAGGCCAUGAACCCGUCUCUGAUGAGGCAAAGCCCUGGGAAUUGCCAGGAACUGGUUCUAACAGAGGAUGAGAAGAAACUACUGGCCAAAGAAGGGGUGAACUUGUCCACCCAGCUGCCUCUCACCAAGUAUGAAGAGAGGGUGCUCAAGAAGAUCCGCAGAAAAAUCCGGAACAAGCAGUCGGCACAAGAAAGUCGGAAGAAGAAGAAGGAGUAUAUUGAUGGGUUGGAGAGCAGGAUGUCUGCCUGUACAGCCCAGAACCAGGAACUGCAAAGAAAGGUUGUGCACCUGGAGAAGCAGAACUUGUCUCUCCUUCAGCAGCUGAAGAAGCUUCAGGCAUUGGUGAUUCAGUCCAGCAGCAAGGCAGCUCAGACAGGCACUUGUGUGGCGGUCCUGCUGCUCUCCUUUGCCCUGAUCAUCUUCCCAUCCAUCGGCCCUUUUGCCCGUAACAAAGCUGAAACAGAAGGCGACUUUGUGCCUGUAAGAGUUUUUUCCAGGUCUCUCCACAAUGACGCUUCCUCCCGGUUUGUCUAUACCCUGGCAAGAGAUGCUGACCAGAAUGCCAAAGAGCUCGAGAAGCCCCUCUGGACUGAAUAUGCCCACGAAGCCCACAGUGGGCAAGGCGAAACACUCAGCAAAUUAAUCCAGAGUCACGUGCUCUCACGGCCCCACAAGGUGGGAGAGGCCGCCCCGGGCAACGGCACUGAGGCCUUCUCGGAAGGGAGCCAUGCGGACUUGGAGGGACUCGAGCCUGCUGAGCACAUUUCCGGGCCCGGCGUGGCAGCAGUGGCAUGGACAGAAUCCAGACAUCCCAGCAAGGGGGUUCUGGAGCAGGCCGAGGAGCUGUGACCCUCCCCUCCUGCUGUCUCUCCCUGUAUAGCUUUUGGGGGCUCAAUAGGGGUGGUGAUGGGGAUAUCCUGGAGUCUGUGCGGACAAGGCUGCUCCUCUCCCAUUGAGCAGGAAUGAAAAGGUGUGGAGUCAUCUGGGGCAUUGGGAGGGUGUUCUGCAAGAGACGGUGCAAAGAGCUCCUCUCUCUUCUCCUCUGGCCCUCUCAAGGGGGGCCGCAGAGGACAGUCUUCCAUUUCAAAGUCGCAGGGAGUCUUCCAACAUAUUGCUCCCAUGCAGAGCUGUGUAGCCAGCGGGGGCCGGCAAAGCCAGAACCAAAGGCUCGGAACAUUUACAGGGAGCAGCAAGAACUGGAUACGGCCCUGGAGCCUCAUCCACUGGGAAUCUGGCUUGGCAUGUCCUCUGGCUUCUGAGGUUUUAGCAAUCAUUGCCCGCGCUUUCAACCAUAUCUUUGCAACCACCAGGGCUAGAAACUUUUCAGAACUAGAAGCUGCCUUCUCCUGAGUCAGGCCAUCUAGUUUGGGAUCUGCACUGACUGGCAGCAGCUCUCCCGAAUUUCAGGCCGGGGCAUUUCUAACUCUACCUGCAGGUGGUGCCAGAAGUUGAACCUGCAGCCUUCUGUAUAGAAAGCAGAUGCUCUGCCAUGGAGCUAUGGCCCCAUCCCCAAAUCAUAGGUGACAUAGGAAUCGGCCUUUUAGCCAGUCAGAGCAUUGGUCCAUCCAGCUCAGUAUUUUCUUUUCUGAUUGGUGGUGGCUCUCCAAGGUUUCAGGCAGGGGUCCUUCCCAGCUCCACCUGGAGAUGCUGCCAGGGGUUGUACCGGGGACCUUCUGCAAGUCAAGUAAAUGAGCUCCCACUGAACUGUGGCCCCAUCCCCAGAGGCUCUGGCCAAUAGCAUGUUCUGUGGGUUUUCCUGCCCCACAGAAUCACGGCACACCCACCCAGUGCUGGUAAUGCUCCAGAAGGAGAGUUGAAAGGAGGCCGAAAGCUUGCACAGGUCAGCACUCGGGGCCAUCUCUCCCUCCCCACCACCACCUGUCAUUUAAAAUCUAUUUAUUUUACUUCUCUUCCAUGGGGCUCCCAGUGGUCUCCCAUCCAAAGGACUGAGCAGGUCUGCAGCCGCUUAACUUCAACCAUGCUGCAGCAUCAGGCACUCCCAGAGUAUCCGAGCUCCUCUCUUGGCCUUUGUUCUUACUGUUUUUUUUAACUUGUGUUUGCAUGCCCAAAUACAAAGCACACACAGAUGCCCCAUCAAGUCAGAAGGAUACUUGCACAUAGAAUUUGCUGCUGCUGCUCCUACUCUUCUCCGCCCUCUCUCCCCCCCCUCUUCUUCUUGUCCUCCUCCCCCCCUUCCCCCUAUUCUUCUUCUCCCCUUCCCCCUUCAAAAGAACCUCAGCAGUGCUGGCCAGAAAGAACAGUAGCAGACAUACAGAGCAAGAAUGCACUGGUGCAGUGAGAGAGCAGCCUAACAAAACUUCCCAACUAACUGCACUGGUGCAGUCUUUGCCACCUUCCCCUUCCCUGGGAAGCCCUCUGUG